AUGGAAGCAGUGAUUGUAAUUGACGUUCUCAGGCGGGCAGGGGCCUUGGUUACCGUAGCAUCGGUCGAGGAUUCCAUAGACGUAGUUUGUUCUCGCGGGGUCAAGCUUAUCGCGGACAAGCAUAUUAACGAGUGCUCAAAGUGCAGCUACGAUCUUAUAGCAUGCCCGGGCGGCAUGCCUGGCGCAGAGCGGCUACGCGAUUCCACAGUGCUGGAGGGCAUGGUCAGAGCUCAAAAGGAUGCCGGUCUGAUGUAUGCCGCUAUAUGCGCGACGCCAUAUGUUUUCUUUGAGAACAAGGGGCUAUUGGACGGCAAGGUAGCGACGGCGCACCCCGCAUUUUCAGACGGCCUCAAGGACCAGAGCAAGGUGUUGGACAGGGUCGUGGUGGACGGCAACCUCACCACCAGCCGCGGCCCAGGGACUGCCUUUGAGUUCGCGCUGUCGCUGGUUAAGCAGCUCUUCGGGGAGGAGAAGGCCAUGCAAGUGGCUGGGCCCAUGGUCAUGUACCCCUACAAGAUUUAG